AUGUCCACUAACCAAUUGCCAGAAAAGGUUACCUCUUUGUUGAAAUCCUCCAAGUUUGUGCACUUGGCCACGGCCAACCCGGCCAACUGCUUUCCCCACGUUUCCCUUAUGAACUACACAUACGUCUACGACGCCGCGAAUAACAAGAACCUCUUGAUCAUGGCGUCGCCUAAGAACACCGUAAAGGUGGAAAACAUCAAGGCCAACCCACAUGUGUCUUUAUUGAUCCAUGACUGGUCUAACAGCGCCGCGACAGAUGCCAGUGGCGCGCCGUGCUCCGACUCCAACUUGUUGGCCAUGUUGAAGACGCUUAACGAGCGCGAAUUGGUCAGAGUAUCGAUCACGUUAACGGGACAGGCUCGGUUGUUGGCCAAUGAUGACGACGAGAGAGCUGCCUACCAGGCCUUGCUCUUGAAGUUGAACCCAGAAGCCAAGGCCUUUAUUGAAGGUGAUAUCGAAUUGAUUUUGAUCGAACUCAAGGCUGCCAAGGUCGCCGACACGAACAACAACGUUAAUGAAUAUUAA